CACUCAAUCAAGUCUAAUCAGCCACUUAUGCAGAACACCUGCAGCAUGCACAAGAAGGUUGUGAAGUGGCAUCACUGCUUCUGGACCACACAGCACCUAGUCUGGACACUGUGUUCCAUCACCCCAACUCAACGUGACACCCCUCCAACACACACGCACUCACACAGCAGUGGGCGUGUCCUGGUGGUGCUGAGGGGAUAAAUGGAGAGGAGGCCCACCGCUCUGCCUCACACCACCCAGCUCUCAGCAGACCUGCUACUCCUCCUCCUGCUCAUCACAGAGUCACCUCCUCCAUCUUCUCCUCCUCCUCCUCCUCCUCUGACUCUACAGCUCUAUACCAGCAUGGCCCUGUGGCUCCAGUCUGCCUCUCUGCUGGUGUUACUGGUCCUGUCGUGGCCGGGCUCCCAGGCUGCUGCCCCGCCCCAGCACCUGUGUGGCUCUCACCUGGUGGACGCCCUCUACCUGGUGUGUGGGGACACAGGCUUCUUCUACAACCCUAACCCCAAGAGAGACGUCAACCCUCUGCUGGGGUUCCUCUCUCCUAAGGCCGGCGGAGCAACAGGUGGAGAGAAUGAGGUUGCUGAGUUUGCCUUCAAGGACCAGAUGGAGAUGAUGGUGAAGAGAGGCAUCGUGGAGCAGUGCUGCCACAAGCCCUGCAACAUCUUUGACCUCCAGAACUACUGCAACUGAAGCUGGCUGACCCUCAGCUGACCUCAGCCCAGCUUCACUAAGCCUAGCCUAGCCAAUGGCAUUCUGGCUAAUUUAGCUCAGCAAGCAGCUCAGCAUCUUGGCUAAACUAGCCUGCUCCCCCCUGCAGGGCUGCCUCCUCUCUGAAAAGCCAGCUGUUGUCAUUGUACACAAAAAAGUGCUGAGAAGUAAAUGAAAUUAUUUU